CGUAGGGCACAUAUAUCGUUAUCGUAUUUACCAUCUACACGUAGUUAACAUUAAGAAACUCGCGCUUCUGUCCACCUACUUAAUUAAAUAAAUUUGUAGAUAGAUAGUUGCGGAAAUAGCUACCGACCUAUCUAGCCAAAUCGUCACCUACCGAUUUAGCAACCUACUAAAUGCUAUGCGGCUAGCGCCACGCGGAAGUCUGCUUACGUCAUCAACCAUGCUGUUGUGGAGCACGCCAGCUUUGCGGGUCGGCCUCGGACUCUUUCGGACCGCCAACUGCCUUUGGACCCCCCGGCGUUGUCCUUGCCAACAGCGGUCCCUCUUCACGUCUUCCGGUGCGAAGUUAGCCAGAGAGGACAUCGAUGGCGAGGCGAGCCAGCGUCCACCGCUGCGGGAGUGGAGUUUGGAGGUCAACCCCUUCAGCACGGUCCGGACACGCCUGGGUUGCAGCAUCUCCGUCCGGGCCCUGGACCCGCACGCGUUUCCCGACGCAGACCGAGCUUUCGUCGUGCUCCACGGAGAGGAGCAGGGGAAGAACUUGGACGACUUCUGUGUCCACUACGAUGGCAACGGCAAGGAGCUGCUUAUCUCCACCGAGAAGGCUGACACCAGCUUAUCUGUCCAUUUGUCUGUACCCAUAAAGAGCAAUCUCUUCAUAAGCACCUACGCCGACGGCAACGUGCAGGUGAAGAACAUGGAGUGUGACAUCUGUAAGGUGCACACAGAGAAAGGCGACUGCUCACUGCAUUCAGUCAAGGGCCAUCUGGUGGAGGUGCACUCAAGUGGCGAUGUCACAGGUGAGGGUACCAUCCAUGGCAAUGUAGACAUCAGCACCUUUGGCAAGGGUGCAGUGCGUGUCAAGAAGCUGCAGGGCACCAAGAUGAAGGUCUCCACAGAGCAUGGCGCCCUGGGGGUCAAGGCCAUCUAUGCUGAAUCGAGCUGUAUCUCUUCUUGCACGGGGAAGGUGGAACUGGGACUUUUGCACGGUGACGCCACUGUGAAGAACAUGUCGGGCCAUACACGCAUAGAUGGCUCCAAUGGCCUCUUGAAGGUUUCCUCUCGAAGUGGAGACAUCGAUGUGUAUGUGGGAGAUGGCGCCAGCUCCGAAGUACUCAGCCAGGAAGGAGCAGUGUGCGUCCGCAUCCCAUCUUCAUUUCAAGCUGAGGUGGAGCUCUGUGGAUCCAUGGUUGACGUCAACCAUGAUGUUACGCUGCACCAAGUCCAGGAGAACGUCACUCAAAACCAAACUCGAGUCACUGGAUACAUAAACUCCGAUGGCCCAGUGGGGCAGCGGAUCAGAGUAACCACGGAAAGAGGCUCGGUCAGUCUGAGGACACAAAGCUGGUUGCAGUCCCUGAAGCUGGGAGGCUGAAAAGUUACAUUGUGCAACUGGAGUGCCACUCAGAGACAAUUACACUUCACACAUUGAAUAUCACCCAUUAUCACUGUGAAGACCUGGAAAUAAAUGCAUUUGUGCAGUAUUAAA